CGGCGUAAUCUGAAUCAAAUGUAAAUUGUAAAACUUUCUAACCAAGUACUGUAUCAACAAAAAACAAUCGAACAAUCAAAUUUAAACUGUUUGCGGUUUGUACUUUGUCUCUAAGCUCCAUAAACGAUCCAUCAUGAGUUCCAUGAGAAAUUCUGUUGAUGAGUCUUCGACAGCGCCAUCAGAUUCACCAUGUGCAAUAUGUCUGGGAAAGGUUGAAAACAAGUGCUUUGCCAAUAAUUGUCUUCAUGAGUUCUGCUACAGUUGUUUAUUUAGAUGGUCCAAGGAAAAAACAAAAUGCCCGCUAUGUAUGCAACCAUUCAGCUCAAUUAUUCACAACAUCAGAUCUAACAAUGACUAUGAUGAACAAACAAUCCAGUCAACUGAUGAUAUUGUUUCAGAUGUGCCUUUUUUACAGCGGUUUCUACAGUUUAUUUUGUCUACCCAGGCAAACCUUCAAACUCUAGAAUCUACACUCCAAACAAAUUCAGACUCGCGUCAUUCUGGUCAUAUUCAUGAGCUUCGUCAAGCUCUAUUAGAGUUGAUCAAUGAAAGGCAAAAUAUCAUGUAUCCCAAUUCUUCUGCUGCUAUUGUUGAUAAUCUGUUGGAUACAGACAACAGAAAUGAUAUUGAGAUUGUAGAAGUGAUGAGAAGAGGAAGAUUUCAUCCCAUUUUUGAUGAAAUUACGCUUUCCGACGACGAAUAGUGUAAAUGAUUCACUGUUUAAUAACCUUGUAAUGUCGAGCGCAACAUGAUCUACUACGUAUAA